AUGAAAAUCCAAAUAUUAACACGGGCAUACGCGUUAACGAUCGAAGUCAGCACUCAAGAAACGAUUCUUGAAAUCAAGCGAAAAAUCGAGCAUUUUCUUGGUGUUCCAAUCUCUUCGCAAACACUUAGCAUAUACGAUUGGGAACUACUCGACGGGCUUGACCUAGAAGACUAUCCAAUCGUCACCGAAGGUACAAAAAUCGAUCUCACGAUCAAUGAUCAUACGCCAUCUCUAGAAACCCGUAGACAAAUGCAAAUUACAGUUAAAUUUUCAUCCCGAAAGCACAACAUAGAGAUAGAUAUAACGGAAACCGUAGGAAGUCUCAAAGAGAAGAUUCAUAUCAUCGAUGGAACUCCGAUAAAGCAAAUGAUGCUUUUCUUUUCUGGAGUGGAGAUGGAUGAGGAUUUUCGUAGUUUGAGUGAUUACGGUGUUGGUGAGUUCUCGGAAAUCGUUGUUUUCUUGAAGACCAUGAGUCGAUUAGUGACUGAGCCACCUUCACGGAAGCUUGGCUUCGUGGUGCAGACGUCCUCAGCUCUAUUCGACUCGACCUGCAUCCCGUUGGAGAUGAAGGACUCGAGCACUGUGAACGAGUUAAGGGAAUUACUAUUGGCGAGAAAACUACUACCAAUCGACGACUAUAUAUUUAUUCACAAACAAAGGAUCAUGAGAGACAAUUGUAGCCUCCGUUGGCACGGGGUCGAAAAUGGUGAUUAUCUUUAUGUUUUUAAAGGGACUGUUAGUUAG